UGAUGAAAAGGAAUAUGUCACUUUCAUGCAUGGUAUCCAAUAAUCUCUAUGCUAAUUGGCCAGUAAUUUUAGUAAGUCUUUUACGUGUGGAACCAAAGUUUCUCCUUUUGUUUUUUAGAUGUAAGCAUGAAACUAAAUAAAAUAAAACUUAAAGUGAAGAUUAUUAACGCGUUACACAACUCAACAAGUUAAAUUAAAGUCACCAACUCACAACAAACUCUUGAGAUUUGCUAUAAAUAUAUCACAUAUGUGCUUUUGUCUCCAACGACACAAAAAAAUAUCAUUAGAGAAGAAGAAAAAAAUGGUGAAAACAAGUUUCGAAACACUUCCUUUAGAUAUGCAAAUGGAGAUUCUGUCACGAUUGCCUCUGAAAUCCUUAAUGGGAUGCAUGUGCGUCUCAAAGAAAUGGGCAUCUAUCAUCCGUUCGAAAGCAUUCAGAGAUCAUUACUUGAGCCGGUCGAUGACAAGGCCUCGAGUGUUGUUCGUCGCCAAUCAUAGAGAAUUCCACAAAUUCACAUCCGAAGCGUUCUUUUACUCUGUUUAUCAAGAAGAGGAACCAUUGUGGUUGUCUGGUAAACAGCAGAUGCGUAGCGAAGAAGUACCACUUCUUAAAGUUUCUCAACCCAUCCUUGGUCUGAUCUGUCAACAAGGAAAUACUAAGAUUGUUAUAUGCAAUCCGGGUUCGAAAAAUUGUCGGACUUUACCGCAGAUCAAAGUGCCUAAAGGAGCAUCCAUGACAAGUUUUUUCGGAUACGAUAAAGAUAAGGAUGUAUUCAAGGUGUUAUGUAUAACAAAAGCAACUAAGGAAUAUCAGGUAUGUACGGUGAGAUCGGAUGAAGAAUCUUCUUUUUGGAGACCGAUCAGAUAUGAGCAUGACCAUGCACCAGUUACUGAAGGACUAUUUAAAGGAGGAGUUUUGUACUAUGGAGCUCUGUCCACUAGUGACAAAUCUGUGGUCAUGAGCUUCAACGUGAGUUCUGAAGAGUUUAGUGUCAUUGAAUUGCCUAACGAAGUCAAAAUUGAUCAUCAUUGGACAUUGGUGAAUUACAAAGGGGAUAUUGCCUUAGUGAACAACUCUGACUAUAAAUUGAAUCGCAAUGGAGUUUUUAUAGUUUUGGUUAGGAAGGACGUUGCUGGAAAUUGGGAGGAGAGGAUUGAGAUUCCUCAUUGGACAAAAACGGUUGAUAAUAAGAAGUUUUAUUUUAAAGGUACCAUUGGAACAGGAGAACUUGCUUUCGCACCAGAGAGAGGUACUUGGUUCGGGGGACCACUCUUUGUGUUGUAUUACGAUGAAGCCUCAACGAACCUCAGAAGCUUUGAGAUCAAAGGAAUGGUUCCUCAAAAUCAUUCUGUUCGAACCUUCUUGGAUCAUGUUGAUAGUACUUGGCUUAUGUAGUUAUGUGAAGAAUACAAGUUGGUCCAAUGAUUAUCAGAAACUCUCGUUGGUUUUUCGGUCUCUCAAGUCUUGUUGGGAUUGUUAGUUUUCAUUUCUAUUGUUGGUUUCCAUUUCGUUAAUCUUUAUUUAUACUAAAUAAUAAUGUUGUCUCUGAUCAAAUAGUACUGGUCUUAUCGGGAGUG